UGAGUUCUUGAGUGUGUGUGUGUCUGUGUGUGUGUGUGUGUGUGUGUGUGUGAAGAGUGUGUUGGGUGUUGGGUGGAGCACUUUACUGUGUCCCCUGACAGUGUGCACAUCGCAUAAAAACUUCAGCUUGUAGUCUGGUGUCUGAGCCACCAUGGCGAAGAACUGCAACGCUCUAGGGAUUCCUGUUGGCCACUUGAGCCAGGCAGUGUCAGACGGAGAGUUGAACAUGUCUGCUCGUGGCUGUGGAGGCAGCAGCUCCAGUCUUCCAGGGACUCCCGGCGGAGACGUCACCCCAGCCAACAGUGUGCUGAGCUGGGCUGUCUCAUUUGAGAAGCUGCUGGAGGACCCCUGCGGCGUCCGCCACUUUACGACCUUCUUGAUGUCCGAGGUGAGCGCGGAGAACAUUUUAUUUUGGCAGGCUUGUGAAAAAUUCAGGAUGAUCCCAGCCAGCUCCUUGAAUGAGCUGAAAGUGUCAGCUCGCUCCAUCUACAACACCUACCUGUCUGACAGCGCUCCCUACUCAGUCAACAUCGAUGACACAGCCAAGACAGAGGAGAAGGACCUGGAACAGCCCACACCUGACAUGUUUAACAAGGCUCAAGCACAGAUAUUUAAACUGAUGAAGAUGGACAGCUACAGGCGCUUUGUGCGCUCUCCUCUCUAUCAGAGCUGCACCUUGGCAAGUGUAGAAGGUAAACCUCUAUCUCAGCUCUCUAAAGGGCCGGCUCGCAUGGGAUCCUGGGAGGACAUGGCUACCAGAAGCCCCUUCAAUGAUAAAAAGAACAAGUUGGACUCCAACAGCUUGCCAGGUGGCAAGAGUGCCUCGGAGAAACAGCGGCAGAAAAGAGGAUCCUGGGGAGAUGCAUCCGACAUCCAUGGUUCGGUCUCCCGGAAAGAUUCCCACAUGUCCGUCAAGUCAAGCAGCAGCGUGGAGCUCGGCUCCCUCCACAGGCAGGUGGAGAACGGCAGAUCAACUCCAGAGCAGGGUGGUGGUGGUGGAGGUGGGAGUCGAAUAGGAGUGGAGGGGGGCUACUGCUGUGUAUACCUACCCGAUGGCACUGCCUCCCUGGCCCCAACACGUAAUGGCCAACCCAUCAAAGACAUGCUGGCUAGCCUGUGUGAGAAGAGAGGCUUCCCGCUGAAAGAUGUCGUCAUCUACCUUCACGGCAAGGACAAGCCCUUAUCGCUGGACCAGGACUGCUCCGUACUGAGAGAUCAGCAGGUCUCUCUGGAGCUCAGGGUGAUGUUUGCGCUGGAGAUUGCCUUCACUGGUAAGACGGUGGGGAUCAUGGUGAAGUCCAGUAAGACGCUGCAGGACACACUCUCUGCCGUGCUGCAGAAACAUCACCUCAAGCCACAAGAGGCUAUGGUCACCAUGGUUGGAAGCGACGAGCCCGUGAACAUGACGGGCCCUGUGUUCAGACUGGCCAAUAAGACGCUACGGCUCGACAAAACUAAAGGAAAAGACCAGACCAACAUUUCCAAAGGCAGCGGGUCUGCUGCAGCCACACAGGCAGGAGCAGCGAGCGCAGGCGGAGUGGAGGCCCGAUCAGUGCUUCAGACAGACAAAGCCAAGACUCAGCACAAGCCCAGUAAGAACCGCGACAUGGAGGUGUUUCUGGACAUGCUGACGAGGGCUCAGGGCUGCAGGGUUGAUGACCAGCGAGGCCUUUUGACCAAAGAGCAGCUGGAGCUGCCUCUGUUCCUGCAGCUGCCCUCAGACCGGGGACAGGACACAGAGCCAGGUGAACCUGGUACAACCAGCUCCUCCUCUGCAGACUCCAGAGAGGACAAUGUGAAAGAAGAAGAGACGUCGAGUUCAGGUGGUGCAACGGCGGAAACCUCGAACUCUGCUGAGCCUGAGGCCAAAAACUUACGGGAAACAGCAGUUUGAAAGACUUGUGUGUGUGUGUGUGUGUGUGUGUGUGUGUGUGUGUGUGUGUGUGUGUGUGUGGGAUGGACAAUAUCAGAAACUACGGCAAACAUCUUGCAAUAUCAUGUGACCAUCAUGUCAAAAGAUGGGAAAAAUGGUCAAGCACUUUUUAUAACUGUUUACAAAUAAGCUCUGAGACAGCAGUGUGGUAUCAUCUCUCCUGAUAACUUCCUCUUGAGGCAAUAUGAAAGACGAAGAAGAAGAAGAAAGAUCAUGGCAAACAUUUAUAGUGUCAUUUCAAAACACUACAGGUUAAUUGGAAGAAAGUUUGCCAUGAAUUGUUUAAUGUAUCAAAAAUGUUUGAGAAGAAGUUUCAGUUCAACAUUUCAGCCUGAAGCCAGUGUGUUUGCUCGAGUGUUUCCUGACGGAUUAAUGUUGUACAGUUUGUAGAUUACUUUGCUUUAAUUUCUCACAGUCUCACAUUUCAGGCUUUUCUUUGAACUCUAAGCAAAGACAUGUUUCUGCACAGGACUGUCCAGAAGGGCGUAUUGAAGUGUGUUGCACUUUUUUUUCUCUUUAUUCAAAUUAAGAUUAUUGAAUAUUUUACUGAGAUGAGUUUUAAAUAUUUUAAAUUAGCAGUGUUCAUUUUGUGUGCUUACUUAAUGUUUUCAAAUGGGUUGUUUUUUUGUGGUACUUCUGCAUCUUGUUUGCUGUGAUGGCACUUUGAGAAGCCCUGGUCAAGUCCUGUUUUCCCUUCUCACCUCAGACUACAUCUCAGGGUCCAGAUCAUGAAUUAGUAAUCUGAUAUUACAGGGAAUGAAUCAGAUGAUGUGAUCAUCAGAAAAUAUCCCACAGGGUGUGUCCAAAGAAUUAAAGUGUUUUCAUGAUGAAAUGUGA